AUGACGAUUACCCUUGGACAGAAGGACGGGCUUCGGCGUCUUUCCGCUGGACCCCCGAUGCGCCCGCCGCGCGAGCAGAAGAGCGGCCACAGCUGGUUCGUCGCGUUGGCGAUCGCCGCGGUGUCCCUGGCUGUUGGAAUUUGUUUUUCUCCGACGUUUCUGCCCACCGAGUGCCCGAAGUGCAACUGCCCGCCUUGCGAUCGCCGGGAAUUGAGGCCGAUGGAGGUGGUGGUGCGGCUUGACAAGAAAUCAGCGGGGAACGACCCCGUGGAGGCGACCAAGAAAAAUAAUUUUGCUUUCUCUCCUAUCUUGAGAAAAAAGAGUUUCACUGUAAAAGGAUGUUGCAGGUUUUGCAUCACAAGUUUGUUCUACAUGACGGCGAAAAGUUGCCAUGCCAGGUUCCUACGGGAAAACGCAGGUAAAAUCCCACUGUCUUGCAUGUGUAGCAAGACAAACACUUGUGAGAUACAUUUUCCGCAUUACAAGUUUACAGUGAAACACUUUUUUCUCACGAUAUUCCCUUUCAAGGACAACACGAAUCCCGCUGCCUCUACUAUGCAAAGAGAAAAGUGUUACAGUUACACAUUGUGUUGCAAAACAUGCAAGACAAACGACCUCUGUCAUGCGCAAAAUGCUUGCGAGUCUCGUUGUCUGUGUGUUUUGCCUUAUGACCUCUGCAUUACAAGUUUUCUCCGUCAUGCGAGGCAAAUUUGUGAUGCUGAAUUCACUACAAAUGUGUAACUGUGACACUUUUUUCCUUGGAUAUCUACUUUCGAGGACCACUACUUUUCGGCCGAAGUGCUAGACCCGCAGACUUUGAAACCGCUGCAAUCGGACACCGAGCGGCUCGUGGAAGCGCUGAAAAGGGCCGACGGGGUCUUUGGGCAGCUCGCGGUGAAAAAAAAUUCGCCGGCGGUACUAGGGCCGCGUGCAACUACUUCUACUAGUAGCCAAAACAGCACAGCUACAAGCACGACCUCAGCGGACGAACAUGAUGAAUCCGAGAUCCUCAGCCCUUUCGCGUGCGCUAUGCGGCCCUGCGGCCCGCUUUCCGGUGAUCCGAGAGACCGCGUUUCCGCUGCGCACGCCCUGAUGAAUUGGGUGCUGGAAAACGGUGGCACGUUUCACCCCGCGAUACGUCCAGUGUACAACCCGGAGAAGGGAGGCAUUUCCCUCAUCACGACCGAACCGCUAGGCCUGUACACCAUCGCGGUGGCCCUGCCCAGCUACCUGACGCUGAACACAAAGACCUUCCAGCAAACUCCGGUGGGCCAGAUGCUGUUCCGGGGGCUGUACAAGGCGUUCGCCCCAGCCGAUACCUGGGGUCGGGGCGCCCCGAAGGUGAUUCGGGAAAAAGGAAACAAACAGGAGGAGCUGCUAAUUGACAUCCACGACGAGACGCUGCAACUCGCGCUGACCCUUUUGUUCUCGGACCAGUUCCCCCCGGGCGGGGCGGUCCCGCCCGACUUCUCUUUUCGCCCCUACUACGACUCCCUGCCGGCGCACUUGGACGAGGUGCCGCUGCUGUGGAGCGACGAGAAGCUGGUGGACCGGGAGGCUUGGGAGACGCCACUGCGGAAACACAACGUGCAGGGAAAGUCAGCCGCCUGGUUCCGCGACAUGACGCUCAACAAAAAGCAGUACUUGCGGCUCGUCUACGACACGGUUUGCGCCUUGAUUUCGGACUACCUCCGCGACGAAGUCUUCGAAACAAAACUGCCACGGAUCGCAAAGAAGCUCGGUACGAAGGUUGUCGUCUUUUCGGCUAUAAUUUUCAUUUGACUUACAUACUACACUAGGACACCUACUGCACCAUGGAUGAUGAUGAUGAUGCUGAUGAUGAUGAUCCCAAUAGAAAAGAACGACCAGAAGAACGGCGUCUACUUCCUGUUGUUGUGUUUUUUUUUGAACAAACGAAGACGAACAAAAGAUGAGAAAGCAUUGUUCAGCUCUAUGAUUAUGUCUAAUCGAAAAAUAUGAAAUCGACAAGAUGAAAAGCCUGUCGACAUGAUCAUGGUUCUAUUUGUACUUCCAGGUAUCAACGGCCCGGAGGGAACUAAAAGUAACGAGCCGAGCGAGCUCGCGGACCUGCUUUUAUUCGAGAAAAGCGGGCGGAAAAAGCACGACCUCGGGACGAGCACGACAAACAAGCGGGUCACGAUCGCCCCCGAGGAGUUUUUCCGGACCCAGGUGUACAUUCCGUCCUUCCGAAGUUUCCUCACCGCGUUUGCGCUUGUGGAAAGUCGGAACUUUGACGACAAGCUGGCGCCGCUGAUGGACCUGUGCAAUCACGAUCACAAGAAUCCGAAUUUGGGGUACGGUACCGCCGUGGACCGAAAGGAGUUCAUGCUCCGCGUCAUCCGGGAGACGAAGGCGGGCGAAGAAUUGCAGUUUGACUACUCGCUCGGCGAUGAUUACAAGUGGUUUUUGUGGCACGCUUUUAACCCGCACUGAGGAGGUCGUGAAGAAAUUUACACUGAAUAGAAUUCUACUUGUUCGGUGUUUCGGUUUGGUGUGAAUGUAUGUAUGAUUUAUUUAGAAAAAACAGCAGCAGCUACAGACCCGAGACAUCAAACUCAGAGGAGUGGGAAGAUGCGCGACACCUUCCUCUACCAAGUAAGUAAGUAGUUUAUCGUUGUAUUUUACAAAACUAGUGUCUAGAAGCAUGACUAUGACAGAUUUUGAUGCACAGAAAUUGAUGUUGAAAUUGCACGGAAGUUGAGGUUUCUUCAGCGGCUCAAGCUGUACAAGCAAGCGGACUCUGUAAGAAGUUUGGACAAUUGUUGUAUUUUCGGUGCUGCAGAACCAGAAGUAGGG